GUAAACCGGUGUGCGAACACAGGGGGAGUCACCGAUACCGUACAAACCUCAUCAACAAAACGAAUAAAAGCGAAAAAGUGAGGCGAUUUGACGGCAUUUUAUGAUCGAAAGCGUGUUAUUUUACCCUCUGGUUUGUUUCUUGUCUUAUUAAACCAGCGACCAUGGCUUGUGGUGCGACGUUGAAGCGAUCUAUGGAGUUUGAGGCCCUUCUCAGCCCGCAGUCCCCCAAGCGGAGGAGGUGCAAUCCUCUACCGGGGACUCCGACUACUCCUUCCCCACAGAGGUGCAGCCUUCACCCGCCAACAGAGAACCCAGGACACUCGAUGUCGCCCCAGUCCAUGGGCGGAGAACACCGGUUAACCCCAGAGCAGAUCUUCCAGAAUAUUCGGCAGGAGUACAGCCGCUAUCAGAGGCGACGGCAAUUAGAAGGGGCCAUCAACCAGACUGAGCCUUGCAGCUCCAAUGAUGUCCAGAGCUCCAGCCCUGCCCUCACCUCUCCCAGCUCCCCCACAGGUGCCUCAUCAUUGAAGAAGGAUCAGCCAUUGUUCACACUGAGGCAGGUUGGCUAUUUGUGUGAACGUCUUAUCAAAGAUCAUGAGGAGAAGAUCCGUGAAGAGUACGAACAGAUUUUGAACACAAAGCUUGCAGAACAAUACGAGUCCUUUGUGAAAUUCACACAGGACCAGAUUAUGCGAAGAUAUGGCGCCAGGCCCGCAAGCUAUGUGUCUUGAACAUUAUAUAUGGUACUAGCCACCCCUCAGCAACUGGUUGCUAUAGAACCAGCCCCCUUCAUUUCACUUGAAUUUUCCUUCUUUUACUUUUGAAUCUUUUUUUUUUUUCUUAAAAAAAAAAAAAAUUAUAAUAAUGCUUUGGUGCCAUGGUAUAUCCACAUUUAACUCAUUUCUAUUGCUGAACUGUUACUGAUGGCACAACACCAAACAUGCACAUCUAGAUGCAUUCUAAGAAAGUUUAAGCUCUUCGAAAAUUUUUGGGAAAAGAUGUCAAACUAUCGCUGUAAAAGCUUGGCUGAUGUGAUCAUCUCUGUAUAAUGUAAUGUGACUGACCUGCAGCAGAUAUUCCAGACUCUCCCUCUUUCCUUAAGUCUAACUUUUAACUCUCCAUAAACAUUUUUUUCUUUUUUUGAAAAAUAAAAGACCUGUAAGUC